AUGAAUAAUAAAUUAAUAUAGACUCUUAAGAAUAAAAUUCGAAUUCAGGAUAGCUAGGUUAAACUACUCAAAUUCUAUAAGAAGUACUGUUUACCUACAUCUGACACAUCAAGUAAUAUAUGUUUAAGUUAAGUUAGGUUCUAUAAAAUCUUUAUAAUUGAAAGCAUACUUCAAUUUGAUAAUGAACAAAUCCUUUUUUUUUGGAGGACCCUUUUGUAUAAAAUAUGGAAUAAAUAUGGUAUCAAAUCCAGCCACAAUUAUGUACUCUCCUAUUUUCUUCGUUGGUUAUGGUGUUUGUAAUAUUAUAAUAAUAAUAAAACAGGCUACUCAGCCUAUGUAUAUUUUGAAGGUUUGAGAAAUAGAAACCUAUCUGAAAUCAACAUAUUGGCUUUACGAGAAAUGUCUUUAUAAACAUAUGAACAUUUGUUAUAUUUGGAUGCUGAAUUUCAUUUAAACACUUCAUCAAGAUCAAAUAUAUAUUCCCUGUAUAAAGCAUAGAAAGGAAUAGAGUCAAACUUAAGAUCAUUAAAUUAAUACUUUCUACCAUUGUUAGCAGACAUUUCAUUAACAACUGCUAUUCUGUGUUUUAAUUUUGGUUGGCCAUUCUUUACAUCAUUUCUAGUUACAUUUACAACUUAUACAGCAUUUACUAUUCGUUAUUCAAAUGUAUAUGAUUAUGGCAAAUAUUUAAAUAGUAUAGAAGGAAGAUAAUAUCUUAGAGAAAGAAAUAAGAAAAGUUAGCUGACUUUACAAUAUCAUAAGCUCUAGAUAAUUUAUUUACAGUUAAAUAUUUUAGUGCAGAAAAAUAUGAGUUAAAGAGAUACAAUAACUUAUUAGAAGUAAGUUAGUCAUUAAAUAAAUAAAGAAAUUGCAAUAAUUAUCGAUUGAUACAUUUAGAACAUUAGCCACUUUAAAUGCUGUAUAAAGAUUAAUACUCUCUAUGGGUUUAACAGUGAAUUUAGUUUUAGGAGUAAGUGGUGUAUAAGCAGGAAUAAUCACUCCAGGUGAUUUGAUACUUAUACAAUCUCUAAUGCUUUAAUUGAUAUAACCAUUAUUUCAAUUAGGUACAAUGCAUAGAGAAUGGGUUGAAUCUGCUAUUGAUAUGAAAGAUUUAUUGUAGAUAAUGACUAGAGUGCCUAAAAUAUAAGAGAUACCUAAUGCAUAGGAUUUUAUCUAUAAAACAGGUUCAAUUCAUAUUGAAGGUAUUUCUUUUGAACAUAUAUCAAAUAAACAACUCUUUAAGAAUUUUAAUCUAUCAAUCAAAGGAGGUGAAUGGAUUGUUAUUGUAGGGGAAAGUGGAAUUGGAAAAUCCACUUUAUUUAACUUAAUAGUAAGAAAUUGAGAUAUAAUUUAUAGUUUAGAUUAUUGGAUCCAUCAGAAGGGAAUAUUUUAAUUGAUAAUUAAAAUAUAAAAACAUUGAAAUUAGAAUCAUUUAGAAAAUAUUUUGGAAUUGUAGCAUAAUAGUCAUAUUUUUUUAAUGAUUCUAUUAAAAAUAAUCUUUUAUAUGGUCUUGAUUUGAUUUAUGAACUUACUCCUGAAAUGAUUAAGCAGAAGGAAGAAGAAAUGAAAAGUUUAUGUGCAUAACUUAAAUUGUCUAAAUUAAUUGAAUCAUUACCAAAUUAAUAUGAUACUUAGAUGGGAGAUUAAGCUAGUAAAUUAAUAGAUUAUUUUUAAGAUAAAUUCUCUGGUGGUGAAAAGUAAAGACUUCAAAUAGUAAGAUGUCUAUUAAGAGGAGCUAAAAUAUUAUUGUUAGAUGAACCAACAUCAGCUCUAGAUCAAAAUAAUGAAUAAUUCUUCAUUGAAACUUUAGAAUAAGUAUUAAAGAUUCAAGAUCUUACUGUAUUGAUUAUUACUCACAGAUUACACUUGACAAAAGUAGCAGAUAAGAUUCUAUAUUUGGGCAAGAAUUGUUCAUAUGAAUAUGUAAAUUUUAUCAAUUCUAAAACAGGGUACUCAUGAUCAAUUAAUCAAUAACCAUCAGUCUUAUAACAAGUAUUGGGAAGAGUAUUAGAAAUAAUGA